GGCCGGUCCCUUCCGCCUGCGCGUCGGUGCUGGGAGCCGCGGCCGCCGCGCCGUGAGGGGCGGGCAGCGGGCGGGAUGGGCCGGAGCCGGGCCUAGCGGCAGCGGGCAGGCGGCCGCGGCCAUGAGCGGAGCUGCGAGCUGCCAGGGGGGCGGCGGCGGCGGCGACCGGGGGCCCCGCUGGAGGAGGCCGUGGAAGCUCCUGGCCCUUGGCCUGCUCUCCGCCUCCUCAGUGCUGGCGGCCGCCCCAGGCGCCGGGGCCAUGAGCAAGGAGGAGAAGCGUCGGUUGGGAAACCAAGUGCUAGAAAUGUUUGAUCAUGCGUAUAGCAAUUAUAUGGAGCAUGCGUAUCCAGCUGAUGAACUCAUGCCUUUAACUUGUCGUGGACGAGUACGGGGUCAGGAACCAAGUCGAGGGGAUGUGGACGAUGCCUUGGGAAAGUUUUCUCUGACCUUGAUUGAUACCUUGGACACUCUUGUGGUGUUAAAUAAAACCAAAGAGUUUGAAGAGGCUGUAAAAAAAGUAAUAAAGGAUGUUAAUUUAGAUAACGACAUAGUUGUAUCUGUCUUUGAAACCAACAUAAGAGUCCUUGGAGGUCUCCUAGGUGGGCAUUCGGUGGCAAUUAUGCUGAAAGAAAAAGGUGAAUAUAUGCAGUGGUACAACGGUGAACUUCUGCACAUGGCAAAGGAACUAGGUUACAAGCUUUUACCUGCUUUUAACACCACUAGUGGUCUCCCUUAUCCAAGAGUUAACUUAAAAUUCGGUGUAAGACAUCCAGAAGCACGAACAGGAACAGAAACCGAUACCUGUACAGCUUGUGCAGGUACCUUGAUCCUUGAGUUUGCAGCUUUAAGCCGAUUCACAGGAACAUCUAUAUUUGAGGAAUAUGCACGGAAAGCGCUUGAUUUUAUUUGGGAAAAGAGACAGCGCAGCAGCAAUUUAGUGGGCGUUACUAUUAAUAUUCAUACUGGAGACUGGGUCCGCAAAGAUAGUGGAGUUGGAGCAGGAAUAGAUUCAUAUUAUGAAUAUUUAUUAAAAGCCUAUGUCUUGCUGGGAGAUGACAGUUUCCUGGAAAGAUUUAACACGCACUACGAUGCCAUAAUGAGAUACAUUAGCCAACCACCUCUUCUUCUUGAUGUUCAUAUUCAUAAACCAAUGCUAAAUGCUAGGACCUGGAUGGAUUCUUUGCUAGCUUUCUUCCCUGGAUUGCAGGUGUUGAAGGGUGAUAUUAGACCUGCAAUUGAAACUCAUGAGAUGCUGUAUCAGGUUAUAAAAAAGCAUAACUUCCUUCCGGAGGCAUUCACAACAGACUUUAGAGUUCACUGGGCUCAGCAUCCUUUAAGGCCUGAAUUUGCUGAAAGCACUUACUUCUUGUAUAAGGCUACUGGAGACCCUUAUUAUCUAGAAGUAGGAAAAACACUCAUUGAAAACUUGAACAAGUAUGCAAGAGUACCUUGUGGUUUUGCUGCAAUGAAGGAUGUUCGUACAGGAAGUCAUGAAGACAGAAUGGACUCUUUCUUUCUGGCUGAAAUGUUUAAAUAUCUUUACCUGCUAUUUGCUGAUAAGGAAGACAUGAUUUUCGACAUUGAAGACUAUAUCUUCACUACAGAAGCUCAUCUAUUACCACUUUGGCUUUCCACUACAAACCAAACCAUCUCUAAAAAAAAUACAACUACAGAAUACACAGAGCUGGACGACAGCAACUUUGACUGGACCUGUCCGAACACCCAGAUUCUUUUCCCAAAUGACCCUAUGUUUGCUCAGAGUAUUCGCGAACCUUUGAAAAAUGUGGUGGAUAAGAGCUGUCCUAGGGGUAUUUCCAGAGCAGAAGAGAGUUUGGGAAGUGGACCAAAACCACCGUUAAGAGCCAGAGAUUUCAUGGCCAGUAAUCCCGAACACUUGGAGAUACUGAAGAAGAUGGGAGUCAGUUUGAUUCAUCUGAAAGAUGGAAGAGUACAAUUAGUACAGCAUGCAGUGCAAGCAGCAAGUUCACUUGAUGCUGAAGAUGGCUUACGGUUCAUGCAGGAAAUGAUUGAACUCUCCAGUCAGCAACAGAAAGAGCAACAGCUACCUCCUCGUGCUGUUCAAAUCGUUUCCCAUCCAUUCUUUGGCAGGGUGGUCUUGACUGCUGGACCAGCACAAUUCGGGAUGGACUUAUCCAAACACAAAGCAGGGACAAGAGGAUUUGUUGCAACCAUUAAGCCAUAUAAUGGAUGCUCAGAGAUCACUAAUCCUGAGGCAGUGAAAGAGAAAAUUGCUCUGAUGCAAAGAGGCCAGUGUAUGUUUGCUGAAAAGGCACGAAACAUUCAAAAAGCUGGAGCAAUAGGAGGCAUUGUUAUUGAUGACAAUGAGGGAAGCAGUAGUGACACAGCUCCUCUCUUCCAAAUGGCCGGUGAUGGAAAGAAUACAGAUGAUAUCACGAUUCCCAUGCUCUUCCUCUUCAACAAGGAAGGAAACAUUAUACUGGAUGCAAUCCGGGAGUAUGAGGCCGUGGAGGUGCUCCUUUCUGAUAAAGCUAAAGACAGAGACUUGGAAAUGGAGAAUAUGGACCAGAAGUUAUCUGAAAAUGAUUCACAUAAACAGAAUUCGGAAGAAGCUACUUCAGCAUCUCAGGAUGGGGGUGCGGUCAGUGAGGAGCCUGAAGAAGGAGAAAACUCUGAUGUUGCUGACCCUGAUUCUUUAUCUCCUGCUCACGCAGACAGUGACACCGUUUCCAAUUUAAAUCAGGAUUCCUACGUCCCUGAAACCGAUGAGGCUAGUGCUCCAGAGCUGGCAUGUACACAGGGUGAUAACCAGCCUCAGGAACAAAAGACCGAGACAGAGUCAAAUUCCAAAGUUAACUGGGAUAAUAAAGUCCAACCUAUGGAAUCCAUAUUAGCAGACUGGAAUGAAGAUAUAGAAGCAUUUGAAAUGAUGGAGAAGGAUGAGCUAUGACUUGUAAUAAUAACUUAUUUGUUAGUAAACAAAUGGAGAACUCUUUGGGUAGAAGUGAGGCCCUGAUAUCUGAGAACUAGAAAAUAUAUUCAGUAUUGUGAUGAGCAACCAGGUUUCGCCUGGAAAUUACCACAGAAAUCCAGCACGCACUCUUUGUAUUGUUUUAGUUUUUCCUGUUUAAAAAUGGGAACGUGCAAUCGAAGCAUUUGUCUGGCUCCACUGCAUGGUGCUGUAAUCCAGGAGGCUCAUUCAGGGAACGAGCCCGACUUCUGUGUUCCAGGCCCCGAGAGGUCCCGCUCCCUUGGUCUCUGGAAGGCAAAAGUUGAACGCAGUGGGGUUCACGUACCACGUAACGGUUAUCGAUGAGAGCACUUGAGGGCAGUAGGUCAGCCACUGUUCUGGUUGGAGCGAAGGUGCGGUUUCACUGAUCUCUGCUGAGCUGAAGGCCUUCACUGAUAGCAGCGGGUGAAAUCGUGUUUCCAGUUGUCGUGUCUUUAAGACACAGCUAGAAGCAGUUUGAUUUUUGUCCUGACAUAUCAUACCGAGACAUAGUAGUGUUGCUCAUCACUCCUUCCAUCUGUUACCAUGAAGAACGACCACGAUGACAUGUGAGUGUUUCCUUCCGCUCCGCUUCCAACUAGAGAAACCGUAUAAACCAAAGGUGAUGUGUACUUUGUAAGCAGGUUCCACCAGGGACACUAAGACAGCCUUGCUCGGUCGGGGUCCGCCAAAGGUUCACGGUGUGUUGUGAAAGUUCUGCUCGAGGUUAAGGUAAAGUGGAUAAGGUUGAAAAAACUCAAUCUACCCCGAGAUACGGAAUUUAAGCUGGCAAUAUUCUCUGAAAGGACACUAAACAGAACUAGAUCAGCUAUAACAAAAAUCUUCCUUUUUCUACAAGUUUGACUUCUAACGGCUUAACUUUGUUGUCAUUCUUUUUAUAUGCAACUUCUAUACGUGUGAUACUUAAGGCAAUGAGGCCAGUAGUGAAGCGCAACAAUUUUGGCUGUUGGGUCCAUAGUUCAAAGUAUAGUGGCGUGAACUGCGAUGAUGAGAGGUAUGUUACUCUGGGCUUUGGGAGUUUGUUACAGGUAAGUGGGAGUCCUAAUUAGUUAUCCCUAUUAUGAAAAACAUUAUUUAAAUAAAAAUGGGGAUGUUUAACCAACUGAGAGACGUUUUGACUGUGUCCAAAGAAACUGCCAAAAACUAAUGAACUUGACUUAUGUAAACUGCUUUUAGUGAAUUGUGGUUCAAAGAAUUGUUUUAUAUUAAAGAAUAAAUUAACACUGCCUAUAUGCUGCACCAGGCUAAAAAUGAAGGUUUAUCUUCACCUUUACAAUGGGGGAAAAAAAACCCCAACAAAAAAAAGCCCCGAUCUGAAUUGCACCUUUCAUUUAGCUGGUGAAAUUAUGCGUGCUGAAUAUGCAACUGUUAAUUAGUACAGCCAUACUGUAUUUAUUUAUGUAUACUCCUGUACAGUAUGAAUGGAGAAAUCCCAGGCAAAUGUUGUAUACAUGUAUGCUUAAUGCCACUUGCUUUCAAGAGUUUCAAAAUGCACAGGCACCUUUUGAGAGCAUGACAGUCAAUCAGAAUAUUAUCCAUAAACUGAAUGAGAACUUUAAAUCACUAGGAGGUAAUUCCGAGGAGGGAAUGAAGCGGUAGUGGAAUAGUGAAUAAGUGUCCUUUCAAAUAAAUUAGCUUUUAAACAUAGUUCUAAUUCCUUUGCACAAAUAACUGUCUGGAGGUUUGGACUGAAUGAGUAGGGCUUGAAGCAGCUGGGGUUUUUCAGGUGAGAACUUAUUUUUUACUUAUGUUUUUUUGUUACGUGAGUUUCUUCAUGUAAGAAAUUUGAUCAUGGGAGACUUUUAAGUGUCCUUCGUUCCUUGGAGCCCUGGCCGCACCCGAGGGAUGCUGCGUUCCCCCGGUAGUGCCCAGGCUCGAAGCGACGUGGCCAGGCGCAAGUCAGCUGCAGGAUCAAAACCAUCAGGUGCAGAUCAAAAGUCUUCACUCUGAUAAUUCCUUUGGUCUGUCAGUGCUUUGUGCCACAAAAAGGAGCAUUUUUGUUCCCGUGCUCUUCGCCAUGGACGACAUCUUCAUACUUGUUAGCUCUUUUGGUGGAAAUAGAAUUAUUUUUCUAGCUACAGAGGCCCUCUGGUCAUUAUGUUAAGACUGUCAAUACAGCAACUAAAGGUUUUCUUUGGUUUUGUUUUUUUUUUUACUUGCAGAAAAUUUAGGUGUAGAUGUAAAAUUUUAUUAAAAGAUUAACUUUCCUUGCCACCACCAGCUCAUUUUUAUGUAACUGCUUUUUCCAAAUCUAUUGUUAAAGCAGAGACGUUAGCUGUCCUUUUAAGGGAUUUUGGAACGAUCCCACAACUCCGUAUGGGUUUGAAGCAUCGUUUUGGUGGUGGCCUACCUCAGAUAACUCUUGCCUCCUUCCUUUUGGGUUGGUUUUUUUUGUUUCAGUUUGUUUUGCUUUACCUUUGAAACCAUCAUGAGAGCCAUAGUGGUGUUUACAGAACGGAAUGGGGUAAGGUUGACCUUUUGGGAGAGAGGACUAAAUUGGGAGAGGGGCAGUUUUAUUCAGGUUAUUUUCACUUUGUAUUUCCUUAUGAGGAAAUUAGGCUUUAGUUGAACCUUUUCAUAUCCUUCUGAAAAGAAUUCAGUUUUCUGUCACUGUCAUCUUAAAAGGCAAAAAGAAUGUAUUCAUCAGAAACCCCAAACCCUUUUGGAGAGGGGAGUAAGGCUUCUUCCCGAACUUUUAGAAAUCUGCUCCCUCCGUGUGGAAUAUUGCUCGUACAUCACAAAUCAGUAAUCGCCUCUUUCUUUGCACGGUAUUCUACAUUUAUUUGUAUGGUAUUGAACACUGAAGAAUUCAGGAAUCACAGCUGGAACUAGCACUUACUCCAUGCCAUGUAAUUCAGAUCAGCCAAUUAAUUUCUCAUUUGAUUUUAGAGGAAUCUUCUCAGUUGUUUACAUUUAUUGUUUCUUAAUGAAGUUUCAAAACGAGCCCAGCUUUGGUUCUCCUCCUCUUCCUGCCAGCGUACCUGAGGGUGUAGCGUUAGGCACGGAUAAGUGUAUGUGAGAGGUUAAAAACGGGACAUCUUAUGCAAAAGGCAUCAGUCAGAACAUAGAAAAAAACAAACCCAUUCUGUGAAUGAAAUAUUGUAUGUUCAGAUUUUAUAAGAUUUUUUUUUUAGCCAGCCCAAUUUACAGCCGUAUAUUUUCUUAUGAAAGAUGUCUAAUAACAGGUGCUGUAACACUAUUGUUGGGUUUUACUCUGGUGAUAAGUGUAUACAAUAUUUCUAAGGGCAACUAUGUACUGUGAUGUAAAAGUCUGGGCUAAAAUGUAUAUAAUCUGUGUACAUAAUUGUGUACUUGAUUAUAACUGCUGAUUGUAAAGAUUUAAUAAAAUGUAAAUAUUCUGGUC